AGUUUCCACUCUGCCUUCAGCGGUGCAUUUUUUUCCACUCUCCCCUCCCCCUCCUCCCCUCCCCCCGCUCGCACGCACACACACGGCGCCCCCCGCCCGCUCGCCUCCCCCACAGCAACUAUGAAAUAAUCGUAGAAUGAGAGGCAGAGAUCGGGGCGAGACAAUGGGGAUGUGGGCGCGGGAGCCCCGCUCCGGCUUAGCAGCACCUCCCAGCCCCGCAGAAUAAAACCGAUCGCGCCCCCUCCGCGCGCGCCCUCCCCCGAGUGCGGAGCGGGAGGAGGCGGCGGCGGCCGAGGAGGAGGAGGAGGAGGAGGCCCCGGAGGAGGAGGCGUUGGAGGUCGAGGCGGAGGCGGAGGAGGAGGAGGCCGAGGCGCCGGAGGAGGCCGAGGCGCCGGAGCAGGAGGAGGCCGGCCGGAGGCGGCAUGAGACGAGCGCGGCGGCCGCGGCUGCUCGGGGCCGCGCUGGUUGCCCAUUGACAGCGGCGUCUGCAGCUCGCUUCAAGAUGGCCGCUUGGCUCGCAUUCAUUUUAUGCUGAACGACUUUUAACUUUCAUUGUCUUUUCCGCUCGCUUCGAUCGCCUCGCGCCGGCUGCUCUUUCCGGGAUUUUUUAUCAAGCAGAAAUGCAUCGAACAACGAGAAUCAAGAUCACUGAGCUAAAUCCCCACCUGAUGUGUGUGCUUUGUGGAGGUUACUUCAUUGAUGCCACAACCAUAAUAGAAUGUCUACAUUCCUUCUGUAAAACGUGUAUUGUUCGUUACCUGGAGACCAGCAAGUAUUGUCCUAUUUGUGAUGUCCAAGUUCACAAAACCAGACCACUACUGAAUAUAAGGUCAGAUAAAACUCUCCAAGAUAUUGUAUACAAAUUAGUUCCAGGGCUUUUCAAAAAUGAAAUGAAGAGAAGAAGGGAUUUUUAUGCAGCUCAUCCUUCUGCUGAUGCUGCAAAUGGCUCUAAUGAAGAUAGAGGAGAGGUUGCAGAUGAAGAUAAGAGAAUUAUAACUGAUGAUGAGAUAAUAAGCUUAUCCAUUGAAUUCUUUGACCAGAACAGAUUGGAUCGGAAAGUAAACAAAGACAAAGAGAAAUCUAAGGAGGAGGUGAAUGAUAAAAGAUACUUACGAUGCCCAGCAGCAAUGACUGUGAUGCACUUAAGAAAGUUUCUCAGAAGUAAAAUGGACAUACCUAAUACUUUCCAGAUUGAUGUCAUGUAUGAGGAGGAACCUUUAAAGGAUUAUUAUACACUAAUGGAUAUUGCCUACAUUUAUACCUGGAGAAGGAAUGGUCCACUUCCAUUGAAAUACAGAGUUCGACCUACUUGUAAAAGAAUGAAGAUCAGUCACCAGAGAGAUGGACUGACAAAUGCUGGAGAACUGGAAAGUGACUCUGGGAGUGACAAGGCCAACAGCCCAGCAGGAGGUAUUCCCUCCACCUCUUCUUGUUUGCCUAGCCCCAGUACUCCAGUGCAGUCUCCUCAUCCACAGUUUCCUCACAUUUCCAGUACUAUGAAUGGAACCAGCAACAGCCCCAGCGGUAACCACCAAUCUUCUUUUGCCAAUAGACCUCGAAAAUCAUCAGUAAAUGGGUCAUCAGCAACUUCUUCUGGUUGAUACCUGAGACUGUUAAGGAAAAAAAUUUUAAACCCCUGAUUUAUAUAGAUAUCUUCAUGCCAUUACAGCUUUAUAGAUGCUAAUACAUGUGACUAUCGUCCAAUUUGCUUUCUUUUGUAGUGACAUUAAAUUUGGCUAUAAAAGAUGGACUACCUGUGAUACUCCUAUGGACGUUAAUUGAAAAGAAAGAUUGUUCUAAAGAAUUGGUUUCUUGGAAAGCAGGCAAGACUUUUUCUCUGUGUUAGGAAAGAUGGGAAAUGGUUUCUGUAACCAUUGUUUGGAUUUGGAAAUACUCUGCAGUGGACAUAAGCAUUGGGCCAUAGUUUGUUAAUCUCAACUAACGCCUACAUUACAUUCUCCUUGAUUGUUCUUGUUAUUAUGCUGUUUUGUGAACCUGUAGAAAACAAGUGCUUUUUAUCUUGAAAUUCAACCAACGGAAAGAAUAUGCAUAGAAUAAUGCAUUCUAUGUAGCCAUGUCACUGUGAAUAACGAUUUCUUGCAUAUUUAGCCAUUUUGAUUCCUGUUUGAUUUAUACUCCUCUGUUGCUACGCAAAACCGAUCAAAGAAAAGUGAACUUCAGUUUUACAAUCUGUAUGCCUAAAAGCGGGUACUACCGUUUAUUUUACUGACUUGUUUAAAUGAUUCGCUUUUGUAAGAAUCAGAUGGCAUUAUGCUUGUUGUACAAUGCCAUAUUGGUAUAUGACAUAACAGGAAACAGUAUUGUAUGAUAUAUUUAUAAAUGCUAUAAAGAAAUAUUGUGUUUCAUGCAUUCAGAAAUGAUUGUUAAAAUUCUCCCAACUGGUUCGACCUUUGCAAGAUACCCAUAACCUAUGUUGAGCCUUGCUUACCAGCAAAGAAUAUUUUUAAUGUGGAUAUCUAAUUCUAAAGUCUGUUCCAUUAGAAGCAAUUGGCACAUCUUUCUAUACUUUAUAUACUUUUCUUUAUAUACUUUUCUCCAAUAAUACAUGUUUACUUUAAAAAUUGUUGCAGUAAAGAAAAACCUUUAACUGAGAAAUAUGGAAAUAGCGUGUUAAUUUUCCAUUGGCUAUGAUGGAAUUAAUAUUGUAUUUUAAAAAUGCAUAUUGAUCACUGUAAUUCUAAAACAAUUUUUUAAAUAAACCAGCAGGUUGCUGAAAGAAGGCAUUUUAUCUAAAGUUAUUUUAAUAGGUGGUAUAGCAGUAAUUUCAAAUUUAAGAUUUGCUUUUACAAUUAACAAUGGAAUAUGCCUUCUCUGCUAUGUCUGGAAAUAGAAGCUAUUUAUUAUGAGCUUCUACAGGUAUUUUUAAAUAGAGCAAGCAUGUUGAAUUUAAAAUAUGAAUAACCCCACCCAACAAUUUUCAGUUUGUUUUUUGCUUUGGUCGAACUUGGUGUGUGUUUAUCACCCAUCAGUUAUUUGUGAGGGUGUUUAUUCUAUAUGAAUAUUGUUUCAUGUUUGUAUGGGAAAAUUGUAGCUAAACAUUUCAUUGUCCCCAGUCUGCAAAAGAAGCACAAUUCUAUUGCUUUGUCUUGCUUAUAGUCAUUAAAUCAUUACUUUUACAUAUAUUGCUGUUACUUCUGCUUUCUUUAAAGAUAUAGUAAAGGAUGUUUUAUGAAGUCACAAGAUACAUAUAUUUUUAUUUUGACCUAAAUUUGUACAGUCCCAUUGUAAGUGUUGUUUCUAAUUAUAGAUGUAAAAUGAAAUUUCAUUUGUAAUUGGAAAAAAUCCAAUAAAAAGGAUAUUCAUUUAGAAAAUAGCUAAGAUCUUUAAUAAAAAUUUGAUAUGAAAAGCACAAUGUGAAGAAGUUUUGGAAACCCUAUAGAGGAUUACAACAGGUAAACGUUAAAGAGAAUACAUUGCUGUCUUAAAGUGAUGUGGCUAAGAAGUACGUGCUUUGUUGUAGAAUUGCUUGAAAGCCCGUUGAACGAUGUAUCUGUUUAUUUACAGUCUUUGAAGUAAAAGUUACCAAUGUUUGC